AUGAAGCACCUUGCAGCUUACCUUCUCCUCCAAACCGGCGGUAACGCCUCUCCAUCUGCUGGAGACGUCACCAAGCUCCUUGAGUCUGUUGGUAUCGAAGCCGACACCGAUAGACUUGAGAAGCUCCUCUCUGAGCUCGAGGGCAAGGACAUCAACGCCUUGAUCACCGAGGGUCAAUCCAAGCUCGCCUCUGUCCCAUCCGGUGGCUCCGGCGGUGGUGCCGCUGCCGCUGGUGGUGCUGCCGCUGGUGGCGCCGCCGCUGCUCCAGUUGAGGAAGAAAAGGAGGAAGAGGCCGAGGAGUCUGACGAUGACAUGGGUCUCGAUCUCUUCGGUUAA